AUGUUGAUUCCUGUUUUUAAAAUAGCGCAGGAUACAGAAGUUUUGUGGCUUACCAUCCAAGCACCGUAUGCUAACGUAAAAGAUGCAGAAGUCGAGUGGGAGGGUCACUCUGUUAUUUUUUGUUCGAAGCCAUACUUUUUACGCUUGAACUUGCCUCGAGAAGUCGGUAGUAGUGACGCGGGUCAUGCUGAGUAUAACUGUGGUGAAGGUAAAUUUGUUAUCACGAUUCCUAAAAAGAACAAAGGUGAGUACUUUCCAAACCUUAACAUGGUUACGGAAUUAUUAAAACCGAGCAUUCAUGGACUUGUUAGUUCUUGCUUCCAUUUAGAAGGUUCUGCGUCGAGUACAUCUAUGGGUCACUUGAUGCAAUCAGGGAACAUUAAUAUAGGAGAGAAGGCUUUGAACUUUGGUUAUGGUUUUGCCUGGCGUCGUUACGGCGUAAUUGAAAAACUGGCUUUUGAAAUUGACAAACUUAUUGAUUUGGCAAAGCCAGAAGAAGUGCCUAUUGAGGAAAGGACACUUGACUGUUCGAUUUUUGACCAUGAGCACUUUAAUGCGGAACAUUACUUAGCAGAUCUCUACGAACCAGAUGAAUUGCUAACUGCAUCGCUGAGUUUUAAGCCUUCUACUUCUCUUCAAGGACUUUCUGAUGCGGAUAGAGGGCACCUGAAAGAACUUUCUCGACGUAGAGCUCCUAAACUAAAGUCUGAAGAAGAAUAUGAGGUAGCAUUAUCUUUGAUUGAUAUCUUAUAUUCUUACUUGUACGAUAUUAGGACGACCAGUGGAGAACACAGUGUGGAAUCAGGAUGGAAUAUAGUGAAGUUAAGCGCGACAUUAACUUUUUUUGUGAAGUGGAAGAAUGCUAGGGAAGCAGUGGUUAGUGCGACUCGGCGAUCGCUCUGUUAUCCUCUUUAUCGUUGCUGGAGUCUUUCAUAUCUAAUCCUGAAAGAUCUUAAACAGCUUCUUUCAAGUGGUCGAACUGCUAUGUUACACUGUUUGACGGAUGUCAGGGCAAUACUGUCUACAAGCGGUGACUACAGAUAUCUUUUAAAUGAACUUUUCAUUGAUGAUUAUUGUAUCUGGAUACAGUCUGUUUCUGAAUCGGUUCUGGAUUCAUUAAAGGAGGAAGUUGCUGCUAUAGAAAUCUCAAAAGCCGACGUUGGUUUAGGUCUUGAAGAUUGGGAGAUAGCAGCUGAAAAAGAACGUAUUGAUUCUGAUGAUGAACCAUGA